ACAAUUAAAAUAUCAAUAUUUUUUUUAAACUAGACGACUUACAAUUAAGUCGUCAUUGGUUAGUUUUGUAACUGAAAAAAAAAUUUAAUAUUUAAUUAUAUAUAGACGAUUUACAAUUCAGUCGUCCGUCAGACGACUUACUUGUAAGUCGUCCAUGAUUUACGAGGUUUGACCAGAAUAAAAUCAUGGAAGACUUACAUGUAAGUCGUCGAGCGGAUGACUGAAUUGUAAGUUGUUUAGGUAUAAUUAAAUAUUAAAGUUUUUUUUCAAUUGCAAAACUAACAUAUAACCACUUAAUUGUAAGUCGUAUAGUGUUAAUAACUACAUCAAGACACUUUGAACUCGUUGGAGGAGGUACAGAAAUAGAGCGUGACAGAGAUGAAGGAUGUGGGACUGUGAACUCAACAAUUGGACUUGGUGUAGACGACGGCGAACCGUAACGAAUCUCUGAAGCUUUUUCCACCAAGUCCAUGGCAGAGGGAGGAGAGAUGAAGAGGUAAAAGGAGAAUACAGGUCGCCAAGAAGGCCUACCAGCGACGACUCACUACGGGAGAGACGUCGAAUUUCAAAGCUCAGAGGUUAGGGAUUAGUUUUUUCUUUUGCUGAUUUUUGGGUGCGCGUGGUGCGCGUCAGAGUUGAUUAUUUUUCCUUAAUCAAUUUAUAUAGUACGUGUUGUUUCCAUCAAUUUAAAUAUUUGCACCUGACUUGGUUCAAACGCAGCAGUUGCGAUUACGGGUACAAAAAUUUAUGGAAGUGGAUAGUUGCGAUUUCAAACGUUAUUAGUGUUUCGUAUGAUUGGCACAACGUUUAAAAUGUGUUGCGUUUGCAGGUUAUUUUUGACUGGUUUACCGAGAGAUGCAAAAAUGAAUUAAUAAAAAAAAAUUAAUAGACAGAAAAUUUAAUUUCAAAAAUGAUAAUUUUAAAACCCAAUAUAAAAAAAUGAAAUUAUAUUUAUAAAUAAUAUUAUAAUAAAUAUAAAAAUAUAUUUAUAAAUUAUAUUAUUAUAAUAAAUAUAUUUAUAAAUCAUAUUAUUAUAAUAAAUAUAAAAACUAUAUUUAUAAAAUCAUAGUAUUAAACUUAUAUAUAUAUAUAUAUAAUUUUAAUACUAUGAUUAUUAUAAUAAUAAUAUAUAAUAAUAAAUUUAUCCUCCCUCAAGCGCAAACGUUAGUUGGAGCCUGCUUUUGAUUUUAUGAGGUUUAGAGCGGUUUGAAAUAAUUUAAAAUGGUUUGAAUGAUUGUUGCAAAACGCUAACAACCGCUAGGUUUGCGGAAGAAAUCAGUUAUACUCUUAAUUAAUUAAGGUUAGUUAAUUAAGAUGGGAAGAAAAUUUAGUUUUAAAAAAUUAGUUAGCUGAAUCCAAAGGAUCUGCUGACGUCAUCCACAAUUAGUCUCCAAAAUCUAGAAUGCACAGUUAAAUGGCUUUUCCUAAUUAGCCUCAAUCUAAAUUUUCCCUCAUUAUCUCAUCAUCGCUGUCUUCUUAUCCCCUUUUCUUGUUCUGGUAACAAAUCUCUAAAACUGUGACUCUCGUCUUCUUUAAAUUGAAAUAAUCCAGUUUAGCUUCUUACCAAAGAAAAAAAACAACACAAUGGUUAAGUACGGAGAGGAUUAUGUGUUGAAUUCACGAGGGAUGAAGCUCUUCACGUGUUCAUGGAGACCAGAAGAACAUCAAGAACCAAAGGCAAUGAUCUUUUUAUGCCACGGCUACGGAAUGGAAUCAAGCAUCACCAUGAACAGCACGGCAAUAAGGUUGGUGAACGCAGGGUUUGUGGUCUACGGAAUAGACUAUGAAGGUCACGGUAAAUCUGGGGGAUUAAAUGGUUACAUAAAAAACUUUGAUCAUCUUGUUGAUGACGUCUCUUCUCAUUUCUCUUCAAUUUGUGAUAAGGAAGAGAAUAAAGGAAAGAUGAGAUUUCUGAUGGGAGAAUCCAUGGGAGGAGCGGUCGUAUUACUAUUAGCAAGAAAGAAGCCUGAGUUUUGGGACGGUGCCGUUCUAGUUGCUCCCAUGUGUAAGCUAGCAGAGGAGAUAAAGCCCCAUCCUAUGGUGAUCAAGUUUCUCACAAAGCUAACUCGGGUUAUUCCAACUUGGAAGAUAGUUCCUAGCAACGAUAUAAUUGACGUCGCAUUUAAAGAAUCCCACAUCAGAAAACAGGUUAGGGAAAAUGAGUAUUGCUACAAGGGCCGGCCUCGCUUGAAAACUGCUCAUCAACUCUUAACAACUAGCUUGGAUCUUGAGAAGAAUCUACAUCAGGUAGCGAUGCCAUUUAUUGUCCUUCACGGAGAAGAUGAUAAAGUUACGGACAAAGACGUAAGCAAGCUACUAUACGAGGUGUCAUCCAGUUCCGACAAAACUUUCAAGUUAUACCCGAAUAUGUGGCAUGGGCUUUUGUACGGUGAGUCUCCUCAGAAUUUGGAGAUUGUGUUUGGUGAUAUCAUUGGAUGGUUAAACGAGAGAGCUUCGGUUACUAACCAAAGGAUAGAGACUGAGUUAAAGCAUGUAUAAAUGAUGGUUUUUUCAUGCAUAAAUAAUUCUUGUGAGAACACAAGAAUUAUUACUAUAUUGCAACUCAUGUAAAACACAGUAUCAUACAAUACAGGCCAUGGUGUUUGCCAUAAUUCUCAUAUAAAUAAAGUCUGUUUAACUUGAAACCCAUUUUGGAUUUGGAAAAUCAAAGGUUUUGAAAGAUUAAUUGCACCAGUUGAUUAACUAAAUAUAUGCAAUUGAAUGCCUUAAAAAUAGAGUGAAACCCUAUAAGAUUUAUAACAAAAAUGUCAGAAUCUUGCAAUUCACGUUUAAUAGUGAACUUUUUAUUUAUUUUUUUUAAUUCUUAUAAUGCUCAACCCAAAAUAUUAUGUUUAUUUUGUGUGAUUUUGAAGCAUUAUAAAUAACUGUUCAAAAAUUAGUUUAUACUAUUUGGAUAUUUAAGUUCUCAAAUAUAGUCAUAAAUUUUGUUUGCUUCUCUAUUAACCAAGAUGAUCCGCCCAAUCUACUAUGCGUGAUCCAAUACUAAAUCGUAAUAUGAUGUUUUGAAUUUAACAUGAAGAAAAUCUUAAAUGAAAACUUCUCAAUGAGAAAAGGUAAAAUUUAUGGAACAUCAUCAUAAUAUUCCGUAUUCCAUGGAGAUUAUUAAAUUAAAUUUUAAUAAAUUUAGGAAUUAAAAUAAAACUGUGUUAUUAGAGUUGUUAUUUAAUGGUUUAGACUUAAAACAAAAUUCAUAGUAUUUUUUAUUGCUAUAGAAAUUUCAGGUCCUAAAAUUAUAAUCGCUAAGAAAUAUGAAAUCAAUCAUUGAAAAUGUUGAUUUAAAAUAUAAUAUUUCGUACUGAAAUGGUCUGAAUUCGGGUAAAAAAUAAAUUUGUGUACAUUAUUAUUAUGCCAUAGAUCGUAUGCUGUAUUUUAAUUCUAUUAGCCAAUUUGAAACCGUUGGCCAACUGCGAGUUUAAUCUGCAAAUAUAAGCCUAAUGGCUAAUGGGUUAUAAACAUAUAAGGAAUGGGGCCAGUAAUGAAUCUCAGCCGUUGGGUUACUCUCCUGGUCGAGCGAGAGCUACAAGCUAUCGCGGUAAUAGUUAGUUUUAGUCUAUCGCGGUAAUAGUUAGUUUUAGUCAGUUGCUUCAUCGUCAUAAUUUGCUACAAUCCAUGUUGAUGCAUAACAUAAAUACACAAAAGGCUUGUUAAAACACUUUUGAGAUUAUCUUCCGACUUAAAUGUCGAAUGCUUAGAUAUCAAGAUAUUUUCUAAAGAAGCUAACAUAAAAUUCUCCAAUGUCUUUUACAAGUCCACAUAGUCAUGAGACCCCAUGGACCUAUCUUGUUAAGGAAAUUUUAAGAAUUCUUUUCUUGAUACUGUAAUAAUAAAAUUUAAUGUUAUAUAAUUAAUCAGCCGUUUAAACCCAAAUUCGUUUGAUUUUCUCAGCGGAUCCAUUUUUAACCAAUUUGGUUAAGAUCAAAACGUUGUAAAUGGUUUUGGUUUUCUAAGUGACUAGACAGUCGACUUGACUUAGAACAGAGCAAGGUAAGUUUUGCAAGCAUGUCUAAAAGAUUAUGGUAGUUAAUAUUUAAUUUUCAAGAAUGCUAGUGAUUUAAAGGUGACCAAAACCAUAAAUAAACAAUUUAUUUGGAUAUAUACACAUGAUACAUUCAUAUUACUAAAACACCACACGACCGAUCAAUGUAAUGAGCGUCCGUUUCUAUCAUCAUUAUUUAUAUACAAAAGCAAUGUGGACCACGUACGUAUAACGUACCAAAAAGAGCGUCAUCACUCCUCUUUUGCCUUUCUUGUUGGACCGAUAUGCGAAUAAUAAGAAGAAAAGUGAUAUACAUAUACAUAAACAUGCAUGCGUCAGGGAGAAAUCGUUUUCAUGAGAUUCACAUAUAUAAACUAUGAUAUAUAUAAGGUUCUUAAUUAAGAUAUAUAUCAAACAUCGCGAUCAGUCGUCGGAUUCUUUAGGUGAAUCCGAGAUUAUCUUCUGGAUCAUCUGGUUUGUCUCUUCCUCCGACAUUUGCUCUUGUUUGCUUUGCCUCUCCUCAUACGCCUUGAAGAAUUCCUUGUUCUCUUUCUCCAGCUCCUUCCAAACUGUAAAA